AUGAGCAAAGCACAAUCACCGUACGACUCUCUCCGGAACAUACCGCAGUACUACGACAACUCCGACUCGCACAACUCUGCGCUCAACCUCAUACUCGCGCUACGGCCAGAAUGGCGGGAGUCUCAGGAUACAAUUGAGUUUGUGAGGUUCACCGACGGCAUUACGAACACGCUUCUGAAAGCGGUGAACAAGCUGCCCGGUCUCUCCAAAGUCGAGGUUGAUGACGAUGCGAUUCUGCUGCGCGCAUAUGGAAAGGGAACAGACGUCCUGAUAGACCGCGAGAAGGAAACUCGCUCCCACUCGCUCCUCGCACGCCACAACCUCGCACCGUCUCUGUACGCCCGGUUUGAAAAUGGUCUCCUAUACAAGUACAUUCAAGGCAGUGUGUGUACGCCCGAAGAUCUGCGUCGGCCAGAAGUAUGGCGAGGGGUAGCUCAAAGGCUGGGGGAAUGGCAUGCCACAUUACCUAUAUCGAGUAUUAGCAGCACAUGUCCUGCGCCCGCACAACUCACUUCACACAACAACAAGCGUGCGUCUCUGGCGGCCAUGGCCACACUCACGCCAGGCAAGCCCAUCCCGAAUGUGUGGACUACUAUGCAGAAAUGGAUCCUUGCGCUGCCGACAAGCACCACCGCGCAGUCGGAAAGGAGAGACCAGCUGAUGCAAGAACUCGAAAGCUUAGUUGAGUUGCUAGGUGACACGCCUGGUGUUGGUGGCUCCAAUCCGUUUGUCUUCGCCCAUUGCGACCUACUAUCAGGCAACGUGAUCAUCGAGCCCUCGCCUUCGUCUGCUGCUGCUUCGCGCCGCUCUAGUGUCUCGAGCGCUUCAGACGAGCCCGAGACCGCAGCUGCUACAGUGUCCUUUAUCGACUACGAGUAUGCUACGCCUGCUCCUGCUUCAUUUGACAUUGCAAACCACUUUGCCGAAUGGGGCGGUUUCGACUGCGAUUACAGCGCCAUGCCCACACGCACCAUUCGCCGCGCUUUUCUCCGCGAGUAUCUCCGCAGCUUCAACGCCCACCAAAACAAGUCGUACAACGAGGAAGAGCUGCAGGAGCUUUUCGACCAGGUCGAUCGUUUCCGCGGCAUUCCUGGCUUCUACUGGGGUAUUUGGGCGUUGAUUCAGGCUCAGAUCUCUCUGAUCGAGUUCGAUUAUGCGAGCUAUGCUGAAAUUCGAUUAGGCGAGUACUUUGCAUGGAAGAAGACACUUGACGGUAGCAAGGAAACGGAAAAUGAACGCAUGAUACAGAGAGAGAAGAUUUGGGCGCAGGAAGAGUAG